AUGGAGUUUGAGAACUGCUCAGAAAGCUUUAACAUUGUAUCCAAGAAAUGUCAGAAGGCUCGUGAACACUUUGCUACAGUCAGAACACAGCUGGAGUCUCUGAAGACCAAGUUUCCUGCUGAUCAGUAUUACAGAUUUCACGAGCACUGGCGGUUUGUGCUUCAGCGGUUGGUGUUUCUGGCAGCAUUUGUUGUCUACUUGGAGUCAGAAACACUAGUGACCCGAGAAGCUGUUGCAGAAAUACUUGGGAUUGAAGCUGAUCGAGAGCGGGGCUUUCACCUGGAUAUUGAAGACUAUCUUUCUGGUGUAUUAACUCUUGCCAGUGAGCUGUCCAGGCUGGCAGUGAACAGUGUCACAGCUGGAGACUAUUCUCGCCCUCUCCGCAUCUCGGCUUUUAUCAACGAGCUGGAUUCCGGCUUCCGGCUACUCAACCUGAAGAACGACUCCCUGAGGAAACGCUACGAUGGCCUGAAAUACGACGUCAAGAAAACCGAGGAAGUGGUUUACGACUUGUCGAUCAGAGGACUCAAUAAGGAGGCAACGGUUGGUGUGGGUGGAGAGAAGUGAAGGAUGCUCAGUUUAACAGCAUCACUGAUUACCUCAGAUGGUUGCCAAUCCGGGAGGCUCGCUAGCAAAGCCUUCCUACAUAGUUUAGAAGAACUGCAGCUGAAAGCUGCUCUCUAUUUUCUUACCGGUGGUGUAGUACGGCUGUUGGAUCUCACAAUGUUUUGUAAAAUCAUAUCCAGAUUAGGGCAGGAGGCUCUUUGUUCCCAGUGGACUUCCUCUGUCAGAACACGAUGCUGUUCUGUGCACAGCAGCAAUAGCCAUUAGUAACUCCCAUGAGCUGAAAUUCGCAUUAGUUCUGUAGUGCUGCUGCUGCUCUGGCAGUGCUGCCACUGUCCCCUCACACAC